AUGGAAGGAUGCUUGUGGGGCUGGAGCCUUGUGCCUAAUGGUGUGCCUCAGGGGUCAGUGCUGGGCACGUUGCUGUACGUUAUCUAUAUCAAUGACUUGGAUGCAAAUAUACCAGGCAUGAUUAAGUACAGCCAGAAUCUAGGGAAUUGCAGAUCUGCUGAAUGGAUUUCCUGGUGGUUGGCAUACACGUUGAAAAGAGGCAAUCAGAAGAUUGGACCUUGGAUGGUUGAAUACAUGGAAUUGGGAAUUGCUCAUUUCAAAGCUGUGUUCAAUCUGUAUUUUCAGAUGUUGAUGGCUGGUGAUAAAUUCCUCGACAGCGUGUUAACGAAAGGAUGGCUUGAGCCUGAAGGGGUGGACGAACUACUAAAAAUGUUUAAUAUUCCAUGUACCACGAUGGAAGUUCAGGCUAAUAAACCAGUGGAUCUUAGUACUCAUUUUGAAGAACAAGGAACCCCAGUUGUGAUUUCAAAGUUUGUGAUCUUUUCUGAACCUGAGGCAUACAUUUUGCUUGGGUUUGCUGUGAAUGAAGACCCAAAAGCCAGAAAAGGCCUCAUCUUAGACAUAAUGUACACUGGAAUUGAUGACUUUAACUGGAUAGUGGAAAAGAUCCAAGCUGACAGGACCUCAUCUGAGAAUUUGGUUUCAAAACAUAUUGGUCAAGGGAAAGGCAAAGUCAAGAACUAUCUUAAAGCUCAGACUCCACUCCAGGGCUCAUUCCCCUGCCAGCCUGGACUUGUUCUGCUCCCACUCCAGGCUCCAGCCAUGACUUGGUCCCCGGACUCAGCCCACACUUGCUCUGCUCCCACUCUGGGCUCCAGCUGGGACACACCUCGAAGAUAUAUGGGUUAUUUUAUUUCAAACAAUGUAUUUCAGCUGCCGUUUAAUACUGAAGAUUUACUGUUUCGAAUAAAGGGAGGAAUUCAGUUGGAAGGAGUCAUCAACAAAGCAGAUGAAGAAGGAAUUAAAGCAGGCAUUCAGGAAGCCAUUAAAGGACUGACAUCUAGGAUAGAAUCGAAGGCUUUUGUCCUAAGUUGUCUUGGUGGCCCAGUAUAUAUGUGGCCUAAAACCCAUGCCAGCACACAUCCAUCAGAACUACAAGAAGAUACCCAGUGCAAAGCCAUCUUAAAAUAUGUUACACCUGAGGUCAGUGACUUACUUCAAAAGGCUUCCCAAAAGAAAUUGUUACAGGUUACCCCUCUGAAAGUAAUUAACAUGGACGUUCAAUUUGAUGUGGAAAAGGUUGGUCCCUUUGGAAAAAUGGUUGUCCAGCACAAUAAGAUGUCACGUGGGCACUUCAAGCUGACUCUCCCCAUCGAUGUUCUAGUAUUUGCAAAUCCGGAGGAACCAUUGGGAAAGCUACAGGAUCAGCUUAUAGAAGCAGUCACCACACAGUUGUCUGCAAUGGAUGAAUGCAUUCAACGAUACACAAAAGGAAAGACUGUUCCACAGCCCCAAGCAUUCCACUUUGAUUUGCCGAAGCAAACAGCCCUUACUACAGUAAUAUUCCCUGCUGGAGUCAGUGAUGAAACUCUGGAACUGCAACGGAAAGAAUUACACGCUAAAUUUGGCCUAGAAAAUAAACCCUUCUUCCGCCGUCAAAUGGCUUUUAGCUUUCCAGCUGAUGAGGUGGAAUCUAAGUACUACAAAGAUAUACAUAAGUAUAUUCCUGCUCCCGAUCCCAAUGAGUUCAAGGUUUCAUUUAUACAUGGAUCCUACACCUUUCAUCACUGCUUGCAAGAUGGUGAAAAGGAUAGAGAUUGGGGUGCUCCAUACCGUUGUUUGCAAGUCAUCAUCUCCUGGUUCUACUUACAGGGUUACAUUGACACACCAGUGCCGCUGAUUUCAGAGAUGAAAGAAUUUAUCAUUCUGUGUUCUGCUGAGAAAGCCUCAAAUAUUCAGAGUUAUCAUUGCUGGAGGCUAAUCGUUAACCCAGAUGUGUUUUUCCAGAACACAGGAAUGCCAGCAGUAAAAGGGAGAUUGGAACUGCUGGCUCAAGAUGUUUCUGGACAUAAAGCAUUUGUUUUGCUGGGGAUGGCAUUGAAUGAGGAAACAAAUCUUAGCAAAGUCCUGGUCUUAGACACAAUGUACACAAGACUGGAUGACUUUAACUGGAUAAUUGAUAAGGCUGUGGAGUGGAAAGGAAAAGAAUUCUGGAACGAGAUGGAGAUUUUUGCUUUAAUUUUGCCUCUGCGACCGAGGGGUAUUUAA